AUGCCACCAUCACGCUGUAUUUACACGCAUAUCCCAACAGCAUUCAAAGAUCUUACCAAGAAAAAGUUAGAUGAAUUGCUUACAAUGGGAAUUAUUGAAAAAGUGACACAAGAAUUGGAUAGAUCCUUUUGCUCCUCAAUGUUGGUUGUUCCAAAAGGAAAAGACGACAUCCGUCUUGUGAUUGAUACACGAGGCCCAAAUCGCUGUAUCUAUCGAACUCCUUUUAAGAUGCCUACAUUCGAAUCCAUUUUAAUGGAACUUCAUGGAGCACGGUACUUCUCAACUCUCGAUCUAUGUAGCGCAUUCUUUCACGUCGAGUUGAAUGAAAGCUGUCGCCAUUUGGCAAAUUUUUUUGCCGGAGAGGGAAUAUUUCGCUACCAGCGACUUCCAUUUGGCCUGUGUAACGCGCCUGAUAUCUUUCAGGAAAUAAUGCAAACAGUUAUUCUAGAUGAUUGUGACGGAACUCUUAAUUACAUGGACGAUAUUCUGGUGUUUGGGAAAUCGAAGGAAGAACAUGAUACAAAUUUAACCAAAGUUCUGAAAUGCCUGAGAAAUCACAAUGUAAAAAUAAACGAGGAUAAGUGUGUAUUUGGUGUACAGAUGUUAACGCUCCUUGGUUUCAAUGUUUCAUCCAAUGGAUGGAAAAUCGAUGAGCAGAAAAUAAAAGCCAUCAAAAAUUUUAGAGUCCCAGAAAGUAUUGCUGAAGUGAAAAGUUUCUUGGGACUAAUAAAUUUUGUAGAAAGAUUUAUUCACCACCGAGUAGAUAAAACCCGUCUGCUCCGCGAAUUGGCCAAAGCCGAUCGGUUCUACUGGAAUCAAGAAUUAGACGAAGAAUUCGAAUAUCUUAAAAAUGAAGCAUUGAAAACAAUCACUACAUUGGGCUACUUCAACAGAGAAGACCGUACAGAGCUUUACGUGGACGCUUCUUCUCAUGGAUUGGGUGCCGUACUGGUUCAGUUUGAUAAGAAUUCGAAAGCACGAAUUAUCGGCUGCGCAUCCAAAACGCUUUCGCCAUCUAAACAAAAAUAUCCACAAACACAAAGAGAGGCACUUGCGAUGGUAUGGGGAGUUGAACGCUUUUCUAUGUACUCAAUUAGCCCGCAUUUCACCAUUCGAACUGAUGCGGAAUCAAACGAAUUUAUCUUUGAAGGGUUUCACAGAAUUGGUAAAAGGGCAGUAUCUAGAGCCGAAGCAUGGGCUUUGAGAUUGCAACCAUAUCAUUUCGACGUCAAGCGUGUACCAGGAGAACAUAAUGUUCCUGAUGCUCUCUCCAGGCUGGUCUGUUUUUCUGACACAGCUGAACCCUUUGACGAUACAAACGAUAAACACUUACUAUAUUAUCUAGACGCUGGCAGACUAGAAAUUACUUGGGACGAAAUCGAAAUCCAUUCUCAAAAUGAUUCCGUUCUAGGAAAAGUAAGACUAGCAAUUGAAACUGGCGAAUGGGAGAAAGAAUUGCGUCGUUAUGAAUGCCACGCGAAGGAGCUCCACGUACUUGGUGCCUUGACAUUCAACAACAACAAGGUCAUUCUUCCUAUUGCACUGCAUCAACGCGCGGUUAGCUCUGCUCACCAAGGAUAUUUGCAUGUCAUCGAAAUGAAGAGAAUGGACGCCGAUGCUACAAAUGAAGCUCUUAACAAAGUAUUUGCGAUAUGGGGAUACCCUUUAAUCAUCCAGAGCGACAACGGUCCACCAUUCCAGAGUGAGAGAUUUAUAACGACAUGGGAACAGAAAGGAGUCAAAAUUCGGAAGUCUAUUCCAUUAAGCCCCCCACAAUCAAACAGAGCGGUGGAAAGACAAAACGAAGGGAUAAAAAAGGCGUUGGCUGCUUCAAAAAUAGAUAAAACAAAUUGGAAAGCUGCUCUAGAAGAAUAUGUCCAUAUCUACAAUAAGGUAAAACCUCUUUCCAGGCUUGGAGUAACACCGUUUGAACUCCUAGUGAGAUGGAAAUUUAGAGGGACGUUUCCCUGCAUUUGGUCGACUCAGCCUACCUUGAACCUUGAUCGUGAAAACGUUAAGGAAAUGGAUGCUUACUCGAAGCUAGAGAGCAAGCAAUAUGCUGAUCAAAAACGAAACGCAAAAUCGUCCGAUAUUGAAGUUGGAGAUAAAGUUUUUUUAGCACAAUUCAAAAAAAUGAAAUCAGAUCCGAACUUCGGAAGUGAAAAGUUUGUGGUGAUAGCAAGGCGUGGUGCGAUACUGGUAGUGAGAAGUGAACGAGGUGUACUUUACUCCCGUAAUGUACAAGAUGCUAAGCGGAUUCCUAAAUGUGACGAUGAAAAUGACCAGAUGGAAAUAGUGGAGAAACGGAUUGCGGAAGAUGCCGAAUCAAUCGAAGAUGAAAACACGAACAAUAAUACAAAAUUAUAUAGUAAUGUACCGUUCUGA